GGCGGUUCUAGAUCUUGGCGUGAGUAACGCGUCGCCAAGACCGCUAAUAAUCCAAGAGCAUGGGCGCGCUGUGCCAGAAGGAGGCCGCGCACGACGUCGCCGCGCCCAGCGCCCGGACGCUGCAUGUGAUCCUCGUCUACUCCAACCCGCAAGGCUUUGCGAGCCGGCGGCGGCUCCUGCUGCAAACGCACCGCCACCUGCUGGCGCUGCAGGCGGCGCUCCGCGGCCAGGACUCGCUCGAGAUUGCCGUGGCCCAGAUCGCGUACGAUAGCCUCGACUUUGUGAGCUUGGACGUGAUCGGGCAGUACGAUCUCAACCUGCGGACGCCGUCCGUGAAUGCGAUCUGGAGCAAAGAGAACCUCAUCAACCUCUCGGUGCGCAACAUCCUCCAGCGCACGGCCCACUGCGCCGAGUACUUUGCGUACGUCGACGCCGACAUUACGUUCGAGAGCCCGCACGUGGUGAGCGACACGCUCGACCGACUGCACCCGCACGCGAUGCUACAGCUCUUCGAGACCGCAACGCUUGAGAACCCGACGCCGAUUGUCGUCAAGGGCUUUGGGUACCAGUACCACAUGAACAACAAGCUCGCGUCCGCGCUCAAGAACGUCGCGAACGACCACGAAGAGUACUGGCACCCGGGCUUUGCGUGGGCGCUGCACCGCGAUGUCUUCCUUGCCACGGGCGGUCUCAUCGAGCGCUCGUACGGCUCGGCGGACCGCCAUAUGGCCAUGGCGAUCCUCGGCCGCGCCCAAGACUCGAUCCCGUCCAACUGCAACGUCGCGCCCGCGUACUCGCAGAUGAUUUUGGACUGGCAAGCUGUCGCGACCGAGUACGGCGUGCAGCUGGGCUAUGUCCCGGGGUCCAUCUUCCAUAGCUGGCACGGGUCGCUCGUGAACCGCCAGUACAUGGGCCGGUGGCACACACUCACCAAGCACCAAUUUGACCCGUUCGAACACCUUCACGUGAGUCCCGAGACAGGGCUUCUCGAGUGGUCGGCCGCGGCAUCGUUCGAGCUUCGCGACGAAGUGGCCAUGUACUUUUCCAACCGCGACGAAGACGAGCCGAUGCCAGCUGCGGAAUGCAAGGCUACCAAAGAUAAGACGUCGUCCGAUUCAGUGACGAACGACUCGAGCGACAUCACCGUCUCGGUGCCCUACAACGCUCAGCAGCAGCAGCAGCAGCGACGACGAGACGGGGCACCACCACCACCACGACGAGGAUGGUCAUCACCACCAUGA